AUACAUAUGCACAUAGAAUUUUAUUGAGUUGAGAGCUUGACAGCGCAGAAGUUUGCAUUUUAGAAGAAGUUUAUAAGAAAGGUUAACGUAAUAACAAAGUAACAUGGCUCAAAUCAUCGAUGGCAACAGAAUCGCCAAUGAAGUGCGGUGUGAAGUGCGUCUGCAGUUGGAGAAAUUUGUGGGCGCGGGAAAUCGUGUACCUCAUUUGACGGCUAUUAUCGUGGGCGAAGAUCCGGCUAGCCAGACAUAUGUGGAGAAAAAAAUUAUUGCAUGUAAAGAGGUUGGCAUUAGCAGUGAGACAAAGGCAUUGCCCAUUACUACCACCCAGGAGGAGUUGCUCAAGCUUAUAGAUGAGCUGAACAAUGAUGACAAGGUUAACGGAUUGCUGGUACAGCUACCGCUACCGGCAGGGAUCGAUGAGCGUAUCAUUUGCAAUGCGGUAUCCGCCGCCAAGGACGUGGAUGGAUUUAAUGAGUUGAACAUUGGCCGCUUGGCCCUCGAUAUGAAGGGCAUUGUGCCUGCGACGCCGCUUGGUGUGAAGACAUUGCUGGAACGAUACAACAUCAAUACCUUUGGCCGCAAUGCUGUUGUGAUUGGACGUUCUAAGAACGUUAGUCUUCCCAUUGCCAUAUUGCUGCAUUCGGAUGGCAGAAAUGCGACAAAAGGGAUGGACGCUACCGUAACCAUCUGUCAUCGCUACACUCCUCCUAAAGAGCUGACUAGAGUUUGCCGACAGGCAGACAUUAUUGUAGUUGCAGUGGGAAAGCCAGGGCUUAUUACAAAAGAUAUGGUCAAACCAGGAGCUUGCAUUAUUGAUGUUGGCAUUUCCAGAAUUCCAGACGAGGCCACCGGAAAAUUUAAGCUAGUUGGCGACGUUGAGUUUGAUGAAGUACGUGAAGUAGCUGGACACAUAACGCCAGUACCUGGUGGCGUUGGACCUAUGACUGUUGCCAUGUUGAUGAAAAAUACUUUAAAUGCCGCUAAAAGUCAGGCCGGGUGUGCUGACAAGUAAAUCAUUAUGAGCUCGUGAUUUAUUGACAAGAAACUUAAAAGAAUAUUUACUAGAACUUCUGCAUCUCUUGAUUUAAAAAAAACAGCCCAUAGUAUUUUCUUAUUUAAA